GAAGAGCCCAGAUUCCCCUUGUUACAGUCUGUAGUGAUGAGAGAUCGGGGUUGGCCCUUGCUUUGGCUUUUUCUCUGUAUGCUUCCCUUUGCUCCCUCCCUGUCGUCUCACUUUCACAUUUCUCAUCCUCUCAAACUUCUUUGUGGCGGAGACAUCCUCCAGCUAUGGCUUCUCUCUUCGAAUCUGGUUGGCAGCGACUUUCAACUGGCAUGUCUGGGAAGUUUCUUUCUUCAUGAGAGUGUUUUCUUCUUAUCUGGGCUUCCUUUCAUAUGGCUUGAGAGGGCGGGAUGGCUGAGCAAGUACAAGAUUCAGGCAAAAAUUAACAGCCCUUCAGCUCAGGAAAAAUGUAUUAGUCGCUUAUUGCUGUAUCAUCUUGGCGUCAAUCUUCCAGUUAUGAUAUUUUCAUACCCUGUCUUCAAAUACAUGGGCAUGCAAAGUAGCCUUCCCCUGCCGCCCUGGAAAAUAGUUUUCUCUCAAAUAAUCUUCUACUUCAUUUUGGAGGAUUUUGUAUUCUACUGGGGUCACAGGAUGUUGCACACAAAAUGGCUGUACAAGCAUGUGCACAGUGUUCAUCAUGAGUAUGCCACACCGUUUGGACUUACCUCAGAAUAUGCUCAUCCUGCUGAGAUACUUUUCCUUGGUUUUGCUACCAUUAUUGGUCCUGCCAUCACAGGUCCCCACUUGAUGACGCUGUGGUUGUGGAUGGUUCUGAGAGUCCUGGAAACAGUUGAGGCGCAUUGUGGGUACCAUUUUCCCUGGAGUCCCUCCAACUUCUUACCGUUAUAUGGGGGAGCUGAUUUUCAUGACUAUCAUCACCGUUUGCUGUAUACCAAGUCUGGAAAUUACUCGUCAACCUUUACUUACAUGGACUGGAUAUUCGGAACUGAUGAUGGUUACAGAAAGUUGAAGGCAUUGAAGAACGCAGUAGUUGAAGACAAUAUCGAGCAAAAGAAACAAUGAUAGAGAAUUUGAUUGGGGGAAUAUCCAGAAGUUCAGAAAUAGUUUCUCAUAUAAGGGCAUAUUGGAAAACAUGCGUCCCAUCGUUGCCUUGUGUGAUUUUGUGUUUGGUAGCUUUUCUUGUUCUACAGCAUGCAGAAGGCUUUAUCUGGACAACUAUGCCCUGUUAUUCAGACAAAAGAAGUAGAAGUGUUUUACUAGGAUGAUUUCAACCGUUUCUCAUCUAAUAGACCAGCUCUUCCUCCCUCCC